AAAUUAGGGAUGAAUCUGAGAAAAUCCUAGAACGGAGAACAGUGCAUAAAGAACGAUGGUUCUCUCUCGCUCUUUCUCUCUCCGUCCGCUCGAAGAAAGAUCGGCGAAGGAGGAGGGAGAGGAGGGAAUCGGCUCUAACCUGGCUUUGGUGGAGGCGGCGCCGGCAGCGUUGAAAAUAAUCUCUCCUUUCCCCUUCUUUAUCCCAGUACCCGGGCUUCUUGAUCGUUCGUCGUCGAUCGUCUAGAUCAAUUCCAUGGCAUCCAAGCGCAUUUUAAAGGAACUUAAGGACCUGCAGAAAGAUCCUCCAACCUCAUGCAGUGCAGGUCCUGUGGCUGAAGAUAUGUUCCAUUGGCAAGCGACAAUUAUGGGACCUCCUGAUAGCCCUUAUGCUGGAGGCGUGUUUUUAGUUACAAUUCAUUUUCCACCUGACUAUCCUUUUAAGCCUCCCAAGGUGGCAUUUCGGACCAAGGUUUUUCAUCCAAAUAUUAACAGCAAUGGGAGCAUUUGCCUUGAUAUCCUGAAAGAACAGUGGAGUCCUGCUUUAACUAUUUCAAAGGUUCUACUUUCCAUAUGCUCGUUGCUUACAGAUCCCAACCCAGAUGAUCCGCUUGUGCCUGAGAUUGCUCAUAUGUACAAAACUGAUCGGGGCAAGUAUGAAUCCACUGCUCGGAGCUGGACACAGAAGUACGCCAUGGGCUGAUAGGCUUUCCUUUGUAGACGAGCAAAAAACUUGGUUGGUCUCGAACAUUGAAAGCCAAACCCUUGGUUUCCUUGUGCAAUUCUGGUCCUCUAAACUGCAAAGGGGGAGAGAAUUGCAUUAUCUGGAUGAUAUGUUGCUUCUUUGUUUUCUGGGGUGCAUGUCUCUGUUAUGAAUCUGUCUCCACGGUGUUUCCAGUCAUUGCAUUAGGUGCUGUACAUUUUGUUAACAAAGAGGCCAACGGAUGCAUGGCUUAUUGCA